CAGGGGAGAAGCUGGACAAGGCACUAGGACCUAGAAGGCAUCUAUCCACCCUGGCAGGAAUUUCUUGCUUGGAGCUCAGACAACAAAGACAUAGAGAGAUUGGUUUUCUUUCUCUCAGCAUCUCCACCCAACCAGCAGAAAACCGGUCUCUGAGGUUCCACCAAAAUAUGGAACUUGAUUUUGGGCACUUUGACGAAAGAGAUAAGACGUCCAGGAACAUGAGAGGCUCCCGAAUGAAUGGGCUGCCUAGCCCCACUCACAGCGCCCACUGUAGCUUCUAUCGAACCAGAACCUUGCAGGCCCUGAGCAAUGAAAAGAAAGCCAAGAAGGUACGUUUCUACCGCAAUGGGGACCGCUACUUCAAGGGAAUUGUGUACGCUGUGUCUUCUGACCGUUUUCGCAGCUUUGACGCCUUGCUGGCUGACCUGACUCGAUCACUGUCUGACAACAUUAACCUGCCUCAGGGAGUGCGUUACAUUUACACCAUUGAUGGAUCCAGGAAAAUCGGAAGCAUGGAUGAAUUGGAGGAAGGGGAAAGCUAUGUCUGUUCCUCAGACAACUUCUUUAAAAAGGUGGAGUACACCAAGAAUGUUAAUCCCAACUGGUCUGUCAACGUAAAGACAUCUGCCAAUAUGAAAGCCCCCCAGUCCCUGGCUAGCAGCAACAGUGCCCAGGCCAGGGAGAACAAGGACUUUGUCCGCCCGAAGCUGGUGACCAUCAUCCGCAGCGGGGUGAAGCCACGCAAGGCUGUGCGUGUGCUUCUGAACAAGAAGACAGCCCACUCUUUUGAGCAAGUCCUUACUGAUAUCACUGAAGCCAUCAAACUGGAGACUGGGGUUGUCAAAAAACUCUACACUCUGGAUGGAAAACAGGUAACCUGUCUCCAUGACUUCUUUGGUGAUGAUGAUGUGUUUAUUGCCUGUGGUCCUGAAAAAUUUCGCUAUGCUCAGGAUGACUUUUCUUUGGAUGAAAAUGAAUGCCGAGUUAUGAAGGGAAACCCAUCAGCCACAGCUGGCCCAAAGGCGUCCCCAACGCCUCAGAAGAGUUCAGCCAAGAGUCCUGGCCCUAUGCGCCGAAGCAAGUCUCCAGCAGACUCAGCAAACGGAACCUCCAGCAGCCAGCUCUCUACCCCCAAGUCUAAGCAGUCUCCCAUCUCUACGCCCACCAGUCCUGGCAGCCUCCGGAAGCACAAGGUAGACCUGUACCUGCCUCUGUCCUUGGAUGACUCAGACUCACUUGGAGAUUCCAUGUGAAGGAGAAAAGAGCACUCAGAGUCCAGAGUACAAAUCCAAGCCUACCAUUACAGUAGGGUACUUCUGCUCAAGUGUCCAACAAGGCUAUUGGUGCUUUCAAGUUUUUUGUUGUUCUUGUCGUUAUUUUUAGAGACACACUGUAAUAAGUUGGGUUUAUUUUCCUGUGAUUUCUCUUCUGGGCCACUGAUCCACAGUUACCAAUUAUGAGAGAUAGAUCGAUAACCAUCCUUUGGGGUAACUUUCAGGGAUGCAAAAUGUGCUAGUCCAUGAUCUUUCUAUUGAAUGCUUGGGCACCUGCGUUAUUUUUCCCCAUAUCACUUCAUUCAUACACUACAGUCUUCCUUCUGUAGAGGACUGUCAACACACACAGCACUUAAAAUGUUUGCGUGGGAAAAAAUUUGUUGGUGUAUCCAAGAGUGACCAACACAAGUGCCCAUUGUCUCCUGAUCUCAAGAAUGUCGGAGGAUCCCAGGAGGACAGCUAGGCAGCUCCCCCUCCCUGCUCCUCACUCCUGAUUAAGCCCCCAGUUUAUUGUUCAGCACCAAUUCUGGCUGUCAAGGGGAAGAAACACCAGCAAUUUGUAACUGUGACACCAGAUGCUUAGGACCCAGGUGCAGAGCUAGUUAAAAGAGACUAGGCAGAAUUGGGAAAUACUGCAGACAUUUCAGUAGACUUUAUAAAGCACAGUGAAUUCCUUAUUAACUUCUCCACUGGGGCAAUUUGGAAUCAAUAAGCAAUUGAUAAGAGUUUGGGGUAAGGGACAUCAUAUACAUACUUGAUUCCUGUAGGAGGCUGUCUAACAUACUGAGUUAUUACACAAACUGCAUGGUAUCCAUCUAUCUCUAUUCUAUUGAAUGCCUUGUAAACAGCCAACACUGAAAACACUGUGAAAAUUUGUUUUCAGGUCUGACACCUUUCAGUCGCUUUUUAUAGCAAGAAACCAAUAUCCUUUUUAUAAAAACUCAUGUCUGUAGUUCAGGAGCAAACUCUUCAGGCUCCUUUUUUAUAAACUGGUGAUUUUUCUUUUGUCUAAAAAACACAUGCAGAAAAUUUACCAAAAAAAUGCAGAAGAAUAAUGUAGUUUAGAAAUCAUGCUGUCACUGCCAAACAGAAACUUCCAGGAGAAAACAAAAUGAAUAGCAGAGGCCAAUUCAAUAGAAUCAGUCUUUUGAUAACUUUUUAACAGUUUUGCUUACAUUAAUAAUUUCAAUGUGGACCAGACAUUCUAAUUAUAUUUUAAAUGAAAUGUUAUGGCAUAUUUUAAGCAACUCUUUUUUAUCUAUGAUUCUAAGAUUUCAUACUGAAGACACAGAAAUCUUUCACUAGUCUUUGACAUUAGAAAGGAUUUUACUUUACUGAGGACUGAUCAUUUGAAAUAGUUCUCAGUCUUUGAGGUACAGGUUCAUAAUACUUCUUUUUGUCUGUAAUCAUAGCCCAUAAUGGCAAAGAUAACUAAACUUAAGUUAAAGCCAUGCAUGCCAAUUCUGUGUUUGCUUUUAGCAGAUAUGAAUAUUUCGUUAUUUCUUUGUAAUUGUUCAGAUAUUUUGAAAGGUGCAGCAUUCGAAGCCAAGCUGCUGUUUGGCUACUGAAUGACUUGCACUCGUUCCUCCACUCUAAAUGGAAUGAGCUUGCUGUGCACACGUGUGUGUGUGUGUGCGCAUCUGCUUCAUAAUUAGGACACCUCAACAUGGAUUGGUGGCAUUGCUGAUGUGCGCUGUGUAGGGGGGAUCCCAGCGGUGGGGAUAGUUCAGAUGCCCUUAGACAAGUUGCAAAUGUGCUUAGCAACCAGAAGCAUUUUUCCUUCAGGAGAAGUGAGAUGAUGGCAGUACUGGCUUCUGGUUAAAUUGGUCAUUGAAGAACCCCAAAUUCUGAGGAUCUCUUUUUGCUCCCCUCCCUUAUUUGUAGACCCAUUUGAAAUCAUAAAGAAGCCCAUUUCACUUAGCCUCUAUUUCUUUCUAAAAGCUCAGGGUUUUCUUAGUGCCUCCCAGAACAGUUUGUAGUUAGUUGGGAAAAAUUGGUACUUGGGAUAAAGAGGAUGGGGAUAGGGAGUAGUGGGGAGCCUGUUUUUAAACUUCAGGCCAGACCCUCAAGGACUCCACCUGUGGUCUCUCUAGAUCCAUUUAGUCUAAUAUCUUCAUUUUAAGAUGAGGAAACAGAGGCCCAGGCUGCUCAAUGAGCUGCUGGUAAAGAGCAGAAGCACGGGAAGAAUCCAGAUUUCCUCAUGGCCAGGCCCCACACUAGCUCUCUGAGCAUUUCUUUGACUGUGGCAUAUGUACCACUAGAAAAUACUAAAUGGACAUAUUUUCUGUAGAGUGGUCUUUGAACCAACUAUCUCCUAUAACAAUAGUACAUUUUUCACCCUUUUAAAAAAUCAACUAUAAAGAAAUGUUUCUGUACUGCCACAUCAAGGGGGCUUGUUACAGUUCAAAAUUCCAGUCUCCAAUGAGCAUUUGAAAUUGGUCCGUUUUCAAGGC